UGUUCUCGUCAGGACAGCGGAAGUGAAGGGAUGGAUCCUUGCUGAAAACUAAAUCGGAAUUUUACAUUUACAGGAAAUAGCACGCCUUGUCAAUAGACUAGAAUAAAUAUUGGAUCUUAUUAUUUAAUAAACACAGCGCUCACAAAUAGUAACUACACUACUGCAGUCCAACAGUAUCUGUCCCCUUUCCGUACCGGAAGGGGGCGGUAGUGCGCAAGAAUCCCACCGGCUAAAAGGCCAUAGAAGAAGCGGAGCAAGGAAAAGACCGAGGAAGCAACAAGAAAACCAGCUGGAAUCAACAAUCCGAAGGGGAUACGCCUCAAGGUUGUAUUUUACGCCUAACCAGCCCAUUGAUAAGCAGAAUGAGCACCGGGGGAACUGUGGAAAGUGGAAAACCCCCAAAGAUUGGUUCUGUAGUGGAAGUGAUCGGAAAAGGACAGCGUGGCACCGUCGCCUUUAUCGGAGCGACCCUCUUUGCCGCCGGGAAAUGGGUGGGUGUCAUCCUCAACGAACCCAAAGGCAAGAAUGACGGCACCGUGCAGGGGAAACGCUACUUCACCUGUGAGGAAAACCAUGGAAUAUUUAUCAGACCGACACAGAUCCAGGUGGUGGAUGACGGCUCGGGCGCAUUAUCCCCCGACACUCCCGAUUCGGGCGCUUCCAGGAUCCCGAGACAAAGAGAUAUUCCAGAGACUCCCAAAACGGCUAAACAGACACCCAUAAGUGCAAAGAAGUCCUCUACCCGUCGUUCUGCCAAGGCGUCUCGUGAGAAUCUGUCAUCUGGCGAUGUCAGUGAGAUGGGCCUUUCCCCCCAUCAGAGCGCGCUGGGCGCUCCUGCGACUCCUCAGUUUAGCGGGCCGCCCACUGAGGUCACCGCAACCUCUGCUCCAGCGACUCCGAGCAAGGAGGAGGAAUCCCUUCGUGCGCAGGUCAAGGACUUGGAGGAGAAACUGGAGACGCUGAAAAUGAAGCGCUUGGAGGACAAGGCCAAGCUGAAGGAGCUGGAGAAGCACAAGAUCCAACUGGAGCAGCUGCACGAGUGGAAGACCAAGAUGCAGGAGCAGCAGGCCGAGCUGCAGAAGAACCUCAAAGAAGCCAAGAGGGAAGCACGUGACGCUCAGGAGGCGAAGGACCGCUAUAUGGAGGAGAUGUCGGACACCGCCGACGCCAUCGAAAUGGCCACCCUGGAUAAAGAGAUGGCCGAAGAGCGAGCGGAGUCGCUGCAGGUGGAGGUGGAAACGCUGAAGGAGAAAGUGGAGGAGCUGUCCAUGGACCUGGAGAUCCUUCGACAUGACAUUUCGGAGAAAGGCUCGGAUGGUGCCGCCUCCAGCUAUCACGUUAAACAGAUCGAGGAGCAGAACAGCAAAUUGAAGGAGGCCUUGGUCAGGAUGCGUGACCUGUCCGCCUCUGAGAAACAGGAGCACGUGAAGCUGCAGAAACAGAUGGAAAAGAAGAAUGCCGAGAUGGAGACCCUGCGGACUCAGAAGGAAAAACUGCAGGCGGAGGUCAAGCAGGCCGAGGCCACAGUCGACGAACUGAAAGAGCAGGUGGACGCCGCGCUGGGAUCAGAGGAGAUGGUUGAGACCCUGACGGAGAGGAACCUCGACCUGGAGGAGAAAGUCAGAGAGCUGCGAGAAACCGUUACCGAUCUGGAGGCGAUCAACGAAAUGAACGACGAGCUGCAGGAGAACGCCAGGGAGACGGAGAUGGAGCUGAGGGAGCAGCUGGACCUGAGCGGCGCCAAGGUCCGGGAGGCAGACAAGCGGGUGGAGGCCGCCCAGGAGACGGUGGCCGAUUACCAGCAGACCAUCAACAAAUACCGAGAGCUCACCAACAGACUGCAGGAGGCCAACAAAGAGCUCAUGACCCAGCAGAAUGAAAAUAGUGAACAGGUCCAACAACCUCCCGCGGAGCUGUUCGACUUCAAGAUCAAGUUCGCCGAGACUAAGGCAUACGCCAAGGCCAUCGAGAUGGAGCUUCGGAAAAUGGAAGUGGCUCAGCUCAACCGCGAGGUGUCCCUGCUCACGUCCUUCAUGCCGGACUCCUUCCUUCGUCACGGCGGAGACCAUGACUGCAUCCUGGUGCUCCUGCUCAUCCCCAGGAUCAUUUGCAAGGCGGAGCUAAUUAGCAAACAGGCGCAGGAGAAGUUCGAUUUAAACGGGAACCUGGCGCAAGGCACGGCGCUCAAAGGGCCUCCGGGAGAACAACGCAGUUUUGCCUCCGGCCUCGUGUACUCCCUGAGCUUGCUGCAGGCCACCUUGCACAAAUACGAACAAGCUCUGAGCAUGUGCUCGGUGGAGGUUUUCAAGCGCAUGGGCACGCUCUACUCGGAGAUGAGUUUUCACGAGCGCUCCCUGGACUAUUUCAUCGACCUGCUGCACAAAGACCAGUUGGACGAGACCGUUCAGGUGGAACCGCUGACCAAGGCCAUCAAGUAUUACCAGCAAUUGUACGGCGUUCAUCUGGCAGACCACAAAGAGGACUGCACCGUGCAGCUAUCAGACCACAUUAAGUUUACCCAGAGUGCCCUGGACUGUAUGAGCGUGGAGGUCGCCCGUCUGCGUGCGUUCCUCGCCACGGGUCAGCAGAGCUCCACUCUGGCGGUUCUCCUGAAGGACCUGGACACUUCCUGCUCGGACAUCAAGCAGUUUUGUAAGAAAAUCCGCCGCAGAAUGCCCGGAACGGAAGCCGUUGGAGCACCGGCCGCUCUCAAUUUUGGACCGCAGGUGUCUGAGGCGCUGACCGAGUGCAGACGGCAGCUGACCCGCGUGGUGGCGGUGCUCCAGGAGGUGGCGGCGGCCGGAGCGCAGAUGGUGGCGCCGCUAGCUGAGCAGGAAGGACUCAAUCCGCUCAAAUUGGAGGAUGCGGCGUGCCAGGCUGUGGAGCAGGUGUAUGGCGCACAUGGUCUUAAUGGCACCGAGUGCCUGCGUCAAUCUUGCAGCGCUAUCGUCGCUACCAUGAACAAGAUGGCCACCGCCAUGCAAGAAGGAGAGUACGACGCCGACAAACCACAGGGAAAGAGUCCUCCGGUGGAAACGAGAGCAGCCACAGUUAGAGCCGAGAUGACUGAUGCGGAGGGCCUUGGAGUGAAGCUGGAGGACAGAGAAGCGGCCAUCAAGGAGCUCAAGAAAUCCCUCAAGAUCAAGGGAGAAGAGCUGAGCGAGGCCAGUGUACGUCUGAGCCUGCUGGAGAAGAAGCUGGACACGUCCACCAAGGACGCGGAUGAGCGUGUGGAGAAGAUCCAGACCAAACUGGACAAGAACCUCGACUUGCUGAAGAAGAAAGAAAAGGAAUUUGAGGAGACGAUGGAUGCGCUGCAAGCCGACAUCGACCAGCUGGAAGCGGAGAAAGCAGAGCUGAAACAGCGCAUCAAUAACCAAUCGAAGAUGACCAUCGAAGGCUUGCGAGGUGUGCCCGCUUCUGGGAUGGUUUCCGUGGUUCCCGCAGGAGUGGGUAUGUCCCAAUCACUGGCGGGCUCGGUGCAAGUGGUGGACUCUCCUCUGCUCCAGCAGCAGCUUGAAGCUCAGAGGCUGGGCCUGAAACGCCUCAAGAACGAAAACAUCAGACUUAAGGCAGAGAAGAUGAGCGCCCAGCUGGCCUCCCUGCCUCCACUGUGCCCGGCCAAACUGCCCCAGGUGUCCAAAGAGAGCUCCAUGCCACCAGAGGGACUGAAUAUGGGCAUCUACCGCCGCACAGACCAGCUGCUGGCGACUCUUCUCAAGCUGAGUGCAGAAGUCAAAGUGGUGGACAUCACCGGGAAGACGUCCGUCAGCGCCAGCGCGCAGCUGCUGGAGCAGACCACCCGACUGCACAACCUCAGCAACGCUCUAGCUAAACUCAAGGGUGAAGUAGCUGAACACAUUGUGUCCAAUCAGCAUGGAGCAAGAGCUGCUUCCGACUUUGCAACCUUCCCGGUUUCUUCUUUCGUCAAGGCAAAGGAGGAGAAGAAGGGCGGGACGGUGUUUGUGGGCCGCGUUGCCAUUCCUUGCACUCGUGGACAAGAGCAAGUCCACCGUCUGGUCCUGUCGCAGCAGCAACUGCACCAAGUGCACCGCCUCCUCAUGGGCUGAGACAACUUGCUGCCGCCUGGAAUUCCUUGCGGUUUAUACUUUGCAUUUUUGUAUGGUUAAGACGCGAUUAGUACUAACGGCAUUGAUGAAGACGUGAUAAUUUGGAAAAGCUCCAAAUGAUGACAAGUGUCAACAUUUUUUUUCACACUUUACAGGGGAUAUCAGGUCAUUUUGUACUCUACAUGUACCAAAUACACUCCCCCAUGUUUGAUGUGCAAUUUCACGAAUAAAAAGCAACCACUUGUACAAUGAA